AUGCCUGCACUCGCAAGUGAAACUCCGUUGGACGUGGGGUCAGGUGAGUUGAGUGGUUCGGGCCGUACCAGUCCCGUGGUAGAGGCCACAACCGAUUUCCAUGGAAACCACGAGCCCGCGAUAGCUUCGGCCAUACCAAAACCUUUGGAAGAUGCCCCCCAGAUUUCUUUUGAGGAUUUUGCCACACGAUACCACCAAAACCAACGCAAACAAGUCCAAAGGAAGCGACUGGCAAAACGCCUUCGUGCCACCAAGGUGUCCAUAGGCGUUUCCGCGCGUACGGUUCGUGUCGGCCUUACUGCACAGCGAGGUCUCGUUGAAGCUCUCCGCCAUGAUGAUAAAGCCAAUUUCAUUGCUCUCUACCAUACACUUCAUGGUCUCCAGGAAUCUUGCGGUUCACCUGUUCUCAACGAUGGCCAAACAGACUCCGUGGAUGGGGAGCCAUUCUUAACAACUGACACUGACCAUUUCCCGGAUUUCCUGCAUCAGUUGAGCCCUCAGUCCCGGACGGACUUCCUGGAGAUUUUGCGGCUGGUCCGCUCUGAUCCCCAGUUUUUGGUCGACCGGUUGCGAAGCUUGUCUUCAUCCCAGCUGGCUGCUUUUACCUCCCCAGCCUCAGCUUUGGAUUUCAAUGACCCCACAUUUCCUUCUACCUCCCGAACCCGGGGCCAGUCUUUCUUAAGCCGAAACCAGGCUCAGUCUGCCGCCUUCAAGGACUACGCAUAUGCCUUCGAGAGGACUGACCCACUCUCUGUACUUCUCUUUAACGUUUUUGCCGCUCCCUUGGAUCCAGAGACAAGUGAAGCCCGCCUGCGCAUGGAAGUGUGGUCCUCCGUCUGCGCUCAACUAAUCUCCAAUGGAAGUACUAGAUACUACCCUCUUAUCGGCCAGAUUCUUUCAUCCUGGACUACCGGCAGUUCUUGGAAAGCCCGACCCAGGUUUGAACUCUACCUAAUGGAUAUCUUGCAAACCGGUGCUUUUCUUCUGGAACCUAUUGCCACACCACCCGGACUGAGUUAUUCCAUGGAUGCUCUGGAUCCUUUACGGACGGAUGUCGCUGAGGAAUUCUUUGCUUCUGCCGUGGAUGACUUGUUCCGUGUACUGGAUGAUCCCGACGGUGGUUUUCCUCAUGCCGUUCUGCAGUUUGCGAAGGUGGUUUUGCGCAAGCUGGAUAACCCUGAAACCCGCAGUCGCUUUUUGGAGUUUUUAUUCGUCCAGUGGUUCUUUUCCAAGUUCCUCUAUGGCGCAUUGACCUAUCCUGAGACCCACGGGCUUCUCCUUGACUUCCAUGUUAGAAAAGAUGCUCGGGAGAAGCUACUGAGCCAGGUCGGGCACCGUGCCUACUCUCAAGUCUUUGCUGUUUUGCGUUCAAUGCAACAUUUCUCAAUCCCACGUCCGAUAAUUAGAAAACGUGUGGAAAGCAUGCUCUCUCGGGUCCAGGACACGACGCGGCCAGAAGCAUCGGUUGACCCUUCUACGCCUUCUUUACAGACAUUUCUUCCUCGGCGACGAAAUCCCCCUUCGACUUUCCUGAUGCUGUCUGCUCGGGAUGUUCUUACACUUCUAGAUGCCCUCUUCCAACAGCCACCACAUUCUUUGCAUUCUUCGCCGGCCUCUGGGGCGGGUCUUAAUUGGUCUUCCAGUUCACCACCAUUUGUUGAUCUUCGCCCAGACUCGCUUAUGGACCCUGGCUUCGCUCAUGUCAAGUACGACGCAAGUUCAAAACCAACAUCACAUAACGGUUCCAUAUUCUCAGUGGAGACCCCUUCCAUCUUGACACCGGAAAAUAGCCUGUCAGAAAAGGCCGCUCGCAUUCGUUUCGAGCUAACUGAUCUAGAUCAUCCCAAUGAGCGCUUGAGCUUAGAGCACCCCUCAGACGAGCAUUGGGCCAUCUUGUCAGUUCAAGCAGAUGGCUGUGCCUUGACCUGGAGCCUCCUUCCCGAUAGCAGCUACGACUCCCCCAAAGGCCCGAUUAUUGAAACCGAUGAUGACGUACAUUCCACGACCCUAGGGCUGGAAGAAAAUCACGAAGCAUUACAGACAGCGAUUGUUCGACUCGUCAACGAGAACCAUAUCCAAGAUUCCAGUGACUAUGAGUUCCUCUCACAUACCAGUACACAGCCAGCUGCCAUGUCCUUGAAGCAAAGGUUCAACGAGGCCAUGUUUUGCUGCCAUCAUGACUCCGAUUUUGUUGGGGCGCACUACUGGUGGAACGCUUCUCGGCAGCUCGGGCAGCGGGUGAAUCCUAGCUCAUCCGAGGCAACAGACGACUCAUGGAUAUUGGACGCAAUGUAUAAAUCCUACGGUCGCUCAUUGACUCACUCCCGGGCUGUCAUUGAACGAUGCGAGAGUGACUUUGUAUCUCUGGAUCACAGUCUUCGCCGACUCCAGAACCAAGUCAAAGACCUGACUUCCAUUUUCUGUAAGAUCAGAGACAAGAUGUGGUAUAUGACGGAUGUCAAGAAUUCGAUGAAGUAUGAAGAAGCCAAACAUGUCGCCAUGGCUUUGAAGACGAUGAUCUACUCAGCCCGGCUAUUCAGCCAAUUUCCCGAGGAACAGCGCUCACGUUAUGGGGCAAGGUCAUUCGGUGGUUCCCUGUUCCAGAAACCCGAGGUGCAGGUCAUGAACAUGAUGAAAGCCCCCAGCAGCCAGGGUGGGCCGAACAAGCUGUCAGAUGAACAAGUCGAGCUAACGCGGAAGUGGUUGUCGCACAACGUGAUUGAGAAUUUCUGCAGGGGAGAGGAAAGAAUUCAUCGAUUCUGUUACGAGGUUCGGACGAGCAUCAAUAAACUGGUGGGUGAAACAAUGACUGAAACGCCAGUCCUGUGGGCAAGUGAGCUUUUCCACCGAGAACGCUCAAUGUUCGAGGGUGGUUACGGGGCUCGCUCCUUCCCGGGUAUGUCUAUGCCUAGCACCCCUCGACCCUCAACGACAACAAGCGAGGACACGAACCUCGCUUCCCACUUCAAUGGUGCAAAUAUGGCUAUGCCUGAUCCUAUGACCCGGCUUUCUCAGGAUACCCCAUCGCUGGGUCGCAAGCCCUCUAUUCAAAGCAUCACCUCCGAUAAAUGGAAACCUCAGCGCGACUUUGCUUCAAUUGAUAUGUCCUCUAUGGGAGGUUCGCCUGGCCGUGCUGCUUCGACAUCUACCGGUGACACAUGUAGUACAUUCUGGUCUGCACCGCAGCCACAUCCCAUGUAUGCCGCGAGCAUGUCGAGUGUGUACUCGCGGCCACCGUCUAUGUUUAGUGAGACGGCUACCCGUCAGCCUCGCCGUAUUGAACGCAAGACACACGGAAAGACGGCAUUCAUGGACGGACUGAAACAGACACUGACCAGUUUGCUUCUCAGCGAUCUGGGCUCCCCGGUCUGGAGUUGUGGUAGUGAAACUGACGCUUGGUUCACGAAUGCACUGAACCAAAAACGCAUCCAGGUCGAGAUGCGCCGACGAGCUGCUGUACAGAAAUUCUUUGCUGAUUACGAAGAGCGCUCUCAACACCUUGGUCAGCAACGUGGUUCAUUAAGGGGUCGGCGGAGCCGGUCUUUGGAUAACCUGCGUGCGUCGAGCCACAAAGCUCCUAGCGUGGAACCCUCGUCGGAGGAACCGCAGUCGUCUCUGGAAACAGACGGACGGUCAACCUUUUCAUACAAGGCUGUCUUCCACCGGCUGAUUGAGGUGUUCUCGCGUCAUGGAAAUCCCUUUGUCAAGAUCAAUGCGCUGCGGGACUUGAGGUCGUUGGUGAUUGCAUCGCUCAUUUCACCGGAAGAUGCCAGCCUCUCAACCCCCAUUGGAUCUCCUUCCGGAGAGACCAACGGAACUCGGGGCAGUUCUCAGCUCCACCGGGCUUCUCGUCAUAGUUUCUCAGAAAUGCGACUCCACGAUCUCCCUAAUAUGGAUACAGUCUUACCUUCCUCCUCACCCGAGUCAGAAACAAGUGGCUCUCGAAGGUCUGACUAUUCCACUCCAUCCGAAGCCCAGAUCAUAGCAACUAUGCGCGAUUUAAUCCUCGAAGUGAAGCCGAAGACCCUGUUCAGAGACCUGCAGUUCAUCUCAGCCUUCGUCCCAGCAGACCAGCUAAACAAGACAGACCGCGGGACCGCAUUCCUCCAAUUCGGCCUAGCUGCGCUAAGCCUCAAAGACGAGAUAUGCCACAGCAUGGUCGAAAUCGCCGACCGAAUCGUCUCUCAGGAGCUCUCUCGUCGCCAUCCGCCCUUCGCCUCAGACUUCCACUCCCACCCUGGCCAUGCUAUCCAGGAUGCUGCGGGAAUGUGGAUAAUCACCGCCAAAGAGGGAAAUCCGGUUGCACAGCGAGAACUUGCAAUCCUCUACCUUACGCACCCCGAACUUCUUCCACGCGUGACCCUACCUCUGACCCUGCCGCGGGAUACCUUCAAGGCGGAGAUGAUGUACCGCCGAGAUAAGUACUCCAAAUCCGACCCGCAGAGUAUGUGUCUGGCACUGCACUGGAUGCAGCUGUCGGCUAGUGGGGGUGAUACCCUUGCUCGGAAUCGACUUCGCGAGCGUGAAGAGUUUGACUCCAUUGCUUGA